AUGAAUCCGUUGCGGAGCUCGCAGCGUCGGUCACCCGGCGCAGAGCCAGGUCAACCCCCGGCCGUCCCUCCACGCUCCAUAUCACCCGCCGUCGGCGUCGGCACCAACCGCCCUGUUGCCCCUCGUUCUAUGGGCUCCUCACGAUCGAUGCAACCGACGAGCGCGAGCGGGAGCGGCAGCAGGAAUGAUGGAACCAGACGGGCCAACAGACACUCACACAAUGGUCGCGAGGGAACGCCACCGACACCCGAGGUGUCCGACGUUUAUGUCCGCCUCGGCUACGAGUUCAAUAUGGCCUGUCGUGCCUUUACCGCCAUCAACGUCGACACAUCCGACCUUGGGAACGUACCUGAACUGUUGAGGAAUAUCUUGGAGUCCACUCUGAGUCAGGAGGCGAGCGCGGAAAGCUUGGAGAACGGGAGAGAGACGGCGGCCCUUCCAGCGGGUGGUUCUGGCGAUGGUUGGUCCUUUCUGGCAAUGGAUUCUGGUGACGGCGCCGAACCCACCAGUCCCCCGGUCCCACCGCGGACGACCAGUACGAGCACAAUGGGGAGUGUCGGCUCCGGGCUGACAACUUUACUAAACGAAGGGUUGGACGGCGGAUAUCGACCAGCCAGCCAGCGUGAUGACGGACGGAACAAUGCGGCACCCUCGCCUACCAAGCGUUUCCUACAGCGGGAGCAGUCUCGCAGCUCUGUCAACUCGGACCAGUCGAGCCUUUCCAGUAAUACGAUGCAGAACAUCCCGGUCCUCCCCCCCUAUCCGGGCGACGAGACCAUUCCCACGGGCCCCUCGGCAAGCGACCUAAGCAGCCUGGAUAACUUCCCACCGCCACCGCCGCCGCCCAAGGCAUCACAGCAGAGCGCCCUGGCGGCGUUGCAGAGAGGCGGCGAUCUGGAAAGACGGGCAUCACGAAGGUACUCGGCUUACCAAAUAUCGAAACACCUCGGCACCCAGGGAGCUGUCCCUGUGCUUCCGCCUCAGACUACCCCGGCACCGAACCGAGGGCGUGUUGAGAUGCGGGAGUCGAUGCGGGCAAUGCAGGCGAGGGAUACUGCUCGGCACAAACGUAACAUGUCCAGCCAGUCGCGGACGGCGACGCUUGAUUCGUCUCCUGUCCGAGUUCCAAGCCGUGUAUCCGAGGAGCCCGAGGAGCUCCCCAUCCAGGUCCCCACCGCAAGGGCCGAGUUGCCCGCCGCCCCGGAAGACGAGAAGUUCCAGCCAAGCGCGACUCUGAACGGACCGCCGUCCGACGUUAUGGUAGUAACGGAGACAGAAGGAGACGAGGAACAGGAGAAACCUGUAACGCCAGCUCCGGCGCCGGCGCCCCCAAUAGUACGGGCGGUAACUCCCGACAAACCACCGAGCACUUUCACGGAAACGCCACCCCCCACCAAGGACCUGACUCUUUUCCUACAGUACAAAUCCAAGGUUAAGAAGUUUGUGCUCUCAGGAGGAUAUGAGGAACUGUCGAUUGGGCGUUUGCAGCUCGCCUUUAUCGAGAAGUUUUCCUGGAACACGCAGCAAAACGGCGCCGAUCUACCGGACAUCUACAUCCAAGAUCCGGUGUCACGGGUCCGCCAUGAGCUGGAAGACCUCUCCGACAUCAAGGACCGCACCGUUUUAGUUCUCAACGUAGAGCAGCUGGACGAGGUGAAAUGGCACAUCGACGACGGCCUCGGCUCGCUCAGGCAGAUGAUGGCGGAGAUGAAGCAGAACGUCAAUGAUCAAGGGGCAGCUCUGCAGAGCGUGUCGGAGCGGCAGCAAGAGACGGCCAAGGACCUGGCUCGGCUGGCCGCCUCGCCGCCCACCACCUACUCCAACUUCCAGUCCGAAGUCCAAGGCUCCAUGUCGGCCCUCCGGGCAAAGGCUGCCAACGUCAAGAUGGCGGCCACCAAGGUCGCCGUCCCCGACGUGGAGGGCAACGCCGGACACGCGUACGUCAUCACGGGGCGCAAGCAGCUCAACCAGGAUAGCGACCGGCUGGUCAACCGGGUGGACGACCUCCAAGACCUGGUCGAGGACCUCCGCAAGGACGUGGUCCACCGCGGCGUGCGCCCCCUCCCGCGCCAGCUCGAGGCCGUCACGCGCGACAUCGCCCUGCUCACCAAGGAACUCAGCAAGAUGGAAGAAUCCAUGAAGCAGGAAAAACCCAUCUGGACCAAGAUCUGGGAAAAAGAACUCGAAGACGUCUGCCAGGGGCGCGACGAACUGCGCCUCGUCGAGGACCUGAUUGUCGACCUGCGCGACGACCUCGAAAAGGCGUCGGAGACCUUCGCCCUCGUCGAACAAGCCACCAAGGAACAGAUGAAAGACGCGGGCGGCGCGGGCGCCGGCCCCGGCGGCGUCAUUGUCGCGCGCCAGUUCAGCAAGGGCCUGACCUCGAUCCGCGAGAACGCCGCCGCCGUCGACCCCAACACCGCCAAGGAGGGCGUGCUCGGUGAAGUGCGCGCCCUGCAGCCCAACCACGAGAAUCGGCUCGAGGCGAUCGAGCGUGCCGAGAAGCUGCGCCAGAAGGAGCUGGCGCGUCGCAGGGAGAAUCCCCUCACGAAAGAGCUGGCCACGUUUGUGGAGGAGGGGAAGCUGAAGAAGUCGGGCGGGGUGGAGGAGGUGGAGAGGGCGCGCAAGGCGAAGGAUGAUCGGAUUCGUAGGGAGGUGUGGGAGAGGCAGAAUGGGAUUAUUGUGCUGCCUGAGGAGGAGGAGGAAGGGGAGGGGGUGGUUGGGGAUGGCGAGGGUGAUGGGUUGGAAGCUGGGGUGGAGGAGGGGGAGGACUUGGUUAACGGGACGGCGGGGACGGCGGCGGCGGGCGGUGGGGACUGA